CAACUUAACGUCAGUACUGAGAGAGUUGUGGAAGAAGUGAGGUUGUUCGUGGCUGGACCCUCCAUGUCGAUACGGUGUGCAUGACUGAAACCGUCUGGAUACGCCUCUGUCUCACAUAAUUUAUUCAUUUGUGGAUGCUUCCGAUUGCUCACCAAGAGAUUUUAUUGCUUGGCUCAUUCAUGUGCCGAAAAUCGAGUGAGACAGCCUGCAGAGUCAGCCAAAGACUGAAUAGGAUGAGAACCAGGACUUGGGAACGAAGAAUGAAUGAGUGGAUAGACAGAGGAUCGAUCAUUCGAAAAUCAUUACUGCUUCCAAGGUGCCGUUCCCAGGCGCUUUCUUCUCAAUAUUCUAUCUUGCAUUCAUGUAGAUCACACUUCCCAGAGUUAGAUUAUGGAACUGAGGACAAGUGAAGGGCGCUAAGAUAAACUUAUCCAUUUCUACAAAAGUUCCAUCAUUACCUACAAACGACUCCUUGUGGUUUCAACUGCGAACUCGCCAACUACGAAAGAUACAAGGCCAAGACAUCUUAUGUAUCCGUCAAGAGCAUUAGACUUUUUCUUGGGUGUGCACAGCAUGACAACAUUAUCAUGAUAGUAGCUACGUAAAGCGACAGGAUGUUAAAAACGCAGAUAACUAGUGAUAGAUCGUGAUGACUUUCGGUACCAAGGAUUAAGUACUGUCUUGAAACAACAUUGGGGAGGACCUAAUCCCUGAUGUCAGAAGUGAUAUCGGAUUCUUGACAUUUUUUGAUGCAUUUAUUUUUCUUGGAAACCAAUUGAUAUUUAGGACCUGCAUAGCAUUUCGAAUUCUAAAGUUAUUCAUCUUGUGUAAGAGUGUUUUGUUUCAUUCAAAACUGGAGUGUUCCUCUGCCAGUGGAAGGACUGGGAAAGACUGAAAGUAGACAGGAUGCCGCAAGCAGGGAUAUUGGAUCUGAGCCCUCCGGAGGGGUUGACUUACGUGGGCAUAGACACCGUCCAAGAACAAACCAGAUUAAAAGCAUUAAGGAGGGGUUACACUUUUAACCUCAUGGUCGUAGGUCGCAGUGGCUUAGGGAAAUCAACGUUAGUCAACACACUUUUCAAAGCCGCCGUUGCUCGCAGAAAGCCUGGAGAGGAUGAACCUUUGCCACGUACCACAGAGGUGAAAAGCGUGAACGGGCCUUUGGUCGAGGGAGGAGUCAGACUAAAUCUCACAGUAACAGACACGCCGGGGUUUGGUGAUCAUGUAAAUAAUGAAAACUGCUGGGAGCCAAUCGUGUCCUUCAUCGAGAGCCAGUAUGCCAAGUACCUUCAGGAAGAGGUGAAGAUCGACCGACCGAUCCACAUCCCCGACUCCCGAGUUCACUGUUGUCUCUAUUUCAUUCCACCAACAGGGCACUCAUUAAGUUCCCUGGACAUCGAGGUGCUGCAGCGGUUAGAUAAGAUAGCUAAUGUGGUGCCCAUUAUUGCCAAGGCUGACACACUGACAAUAGAGGAGAGAGUUGCCUUCAAGGAAAGAAUUCGAGCUGACCUCCAGGACCAUGGAAUUCGCAUCUACCCUUUGAAGGAGUAUGAGGACCCUGAGGAUGCUCAAGAUAAUGCUAGGAUUAGGGAGAGGCUGCCAUUUGCUGUGGUGGGCAGCACCACUUGGCACGAACUGCACGGGAGGAAAGUCAUGGGAAGGCGCUCCAACUGGGGCUUGGUGGAAGUGGAAAACAAAUCUCACAAUGACUUCGCCUACAUGAGAGACAUGCUCAUCAGGACGCACAUGCAGGACCUCAUAGACGUGACGGCUCUCAGACAUUACGAGAACUUCAGAAGGUCCAAGUUGGGAGGAACCGCUUCUACGGGCAAAGCAGCUCCUGUGAUGAACGGACAAGCUCCUGUUGAGAUGAAGGAUCUCGGGGAAUCGAAAAUAUGAUACUCUUAUAUUCAUACUUGCUAUGUAUCAUUUCAGGCAUGUAAGACUCAUGGAGACACCGAGGAAGUAGGUUUUUGUAAAUGAGCCUUAUGGAAUAAGGCAAUGUUUAGAUAAUUUUAUCAUCAUGUCUUCGUUACUUUGUCAUUGUAUGUUCCACUGAUUACAGAUGGAUGUAUAUAUAUAUAUAUAUAUAUAUAUAUAUAUAUAUAUAUAUAUAUAUAUAUAUAUUUGUGUGUGUGUGUGUGUGUGUGUGUGUGUGUAUGUAUGUAUGUAUGUAUGUAUGUAUACAAAGGACGAUAAACUCAAUGAUUUUGAUACACUUUAUCAUCACCCCAUGCCUCAUACUACUAAGACAAAAUUUGUAACUCGUUCAUAACCUUAUAACUUUUCCACUCGUACAAGGGACAGUCACCAUCGAUAAAAUGGAGUAUAAAUGAUUCUUCAUGGUGAUAUUGAGAUAUUCUUCAUUCAUGUUAUCCAUACUGACAUUUAUUCUCAACAUGUGACGAUGUUUUUGGGAGAAUCAUCACUGAGAAAUCCAACUGGCGACGAGGUGAAAGUCGAUUCAAGUAUCAUUCGAUGAACCCAAUGCUUAGGAAAAUGAACAACAAAAGGCUGCGUCUUUUGUAGACAACAAUUUAUUGCUCAUGUGAAAAAGACUCAAAACUAAUUACUCAGGCAACAUUUGAUGGUUCUGAGUGGGCGAAAUCCACGCCAUGAACCCUUUUCCAUCCACUGGUGAGAGCUGUUGAACACUAUGUCAUCUAAUGUAGAAUAUCUCGCAUAUCAGAGUUCAUAAGCAUCUGUUAGCAACGUACGAUAGUUUUGCAUUUCUCUCAUUUCAUGCGAAAUAAAUCACAGCAUCUCUGCAAUAAAUAUUCUUCUCAAAGA